AUUUGCAGGAAUAAUUGAUAUUUAUAGACAAAUGCCAUGUGAAGUGAAACUGACACUGAAUCAUAAUCACAGCAUUGACAGUGCUGCUUCAUUAAAGUAUAGGAAGCCGUCACAUGAAGUUCAGGAAACAUUGAUAUCUCUGUUUCAAAAGGGUCAUUCACCUGCUAGUGCACUUCAAUGUAUUAAGACUGACAUUCAGCUUAAUCAUUCCGAUUACCCAUUAGUGCUGGGAGACAGAAGUCAGUGCCCAGAUUAUAAGUUCUGCUAUAAUUUAUACAGGAAAACACUUGAGAAGGAUUAUGGACCCAUGGAUUUUAAUGAAGGGAAGGAAUUCUUGCAACAGAGAUUGCUGAAAUACAAUACAGAAGUUAGGAAUGUGUGUUGCAAGAUGGUUAUGAAAGAUGCCGAUUAUAUAAUAUGCAUUUGCUCAUCAUUGAUGAAGAAAGUACAUAUGUGUGAAGAAAUGGCACCAGAAAUGGUCUUCAUUGAUUCAACAGGAUCUUUAGACCACAAUGGCAGUAGAGUUUUUGUGUUACUCACACCCAGUGCAUGUGGAGGUUUACCGCUGGGAAUUAUAGUAACUUCAUCAGAAAGCUGUGAAGUUUUGCAAAUAGGCUUCCAGCUAUUGAAAGAGAUAGUAGGAAAAGAUAUUUUGGGGGGGGGGGGGGGGGGGAACAUUGAUGGACCACAUGUCUUUUUUUACUGA